CAGCAGGCUAGCUCAGCCAUUUAAAUGCCGCUGUGCUACACAGCCACGCAUCCAUGGCUUCACUAACAAGAUGCACCAUGUUUUAACUUUUUAACCCACGCUUUGGAGCCUGAGAUCAUUGUUAUGUUUUCGGAGAAUGGAAACGGAUGACGUAUCGGUUCGAGAGCAACUUUUCCACAACCGUGUCCGGGAGACCAUAAUCUGUGUGCUCCUGUUUACAUGCCUCUACAUGGUGUCCUACCUCAUACUUACCCACUUCAAGAAGACUGCAGAGUUUGUCACAGAUGAUAUUGAAGAUGCCACCGUCAACAAAAUUGCGCUGUGGCUGUGUACGUUCACCCUGUCUGUCGCAGUGUGUGCUGUGCUCCUUCUCCCCAUCUCCAUUCUGUCCAAUGAAGUGCUGCUCACCUUCCCACAGAGCUACUACAUGCAGUGGCUCAAUGGAUCCCUUAUCCACGGAUUGUGGAACCUAGUUUUUCUUUUCUCCAAUUUGUCUCUAGUCUUUCUCAUGCCCUUUGCCUACUUCUUUACCGAGUCUGAGGGAUUUGCAGGAUCCAGAAAGGGGGUUAUGGCACGAGUCCAUGAAGCAGUUGUGCUGCUGUUGCUGCUGGCUCUACUUGUGCUGGGUAUUGUUUGGGUUGCAUCAGCCCUCCUCCAUGACAACAUGGCCAGGAAAAGCCUCUAUGACCUGUGGGAGUAUUACCUUCCUUAUCUGUACUCGGGCAUCUCCCUGUUUGGAGUGUUGCUGCUUUUGCUGUGCACUCCCUUUGGAUUGUCCCGGAUGUUCAGUGUAACUGGCCGGCUUUUGGUCAAACCGCGGCUGUUGGAAGAUGUAGAAGAUACUUUGAGCUGCACCACAUUUGAGGAAGAAUCGCUCUCCAGGAAACUGAAGAGUGGCAGUACGACGUCAUGCUGGGUCAAGCUAAACAUGGAGGCGAUGAAAAAAGAGUACCUAACAGUCCAGAGCAAGCGCAUUGCGCUGGAAAUGCGGAGGAAAGCGUCCCCAUGGCAGCGAAACUUGGGAUAUCCACUGGCCAUGCUUGUGCUCCUCGCACUGACGGUGAUGUGUGUCCUGAUGGUCUGUUUCAAUGUGUUGGAGUUGCUCCUGGAUGACACGGCUAUGCCCCGAGGAAUGGAGGACCCUCACCUUGGGAUGGCCUCCUUCUCCAUGUUUGGCUCACUGGGCGCUGCAGUUCAAGUAGUCCUUAUUCUCUAUCUGAUGGUGUCCUCAGUGGUGGGUUUCUAUAGUUCUCCUCUCUUUACUGGCCUCCUGCCUCGUGCACAGGACACCAACCUCACACAGAUAAUUGCAAACUGUGUUUCACUGCUUAUUCUGAGCUCGGCACUGCCAGUGUUUUCACGCACACUUGGGAUCACACGCUUCGAUCUACUGGGAGACUUUGGUCGAUAUAACUGGCUGGGGAACUUCUACAUUGUCUUCCUGUACAACAUGCUGUUUGCUGGUCUCACCUCCGCCUCCCUGAUCAAGACUGUCACCUGGGCUGUACAGAGAGAGCUCAUCCGUGCCUUUGGUCUCCACAGACUGCCUUUAACUGUGUCGCGCUCCACCGUCCCCUUCAGACUCCUCCUGGCCAGUGGACUGUCAAAAAUCCAGUGACUUUUCCUCCUCGCCUCUCCUAACCUUUAGAAGCUGAGCCACUUCCAAUGUGCACUAUUGGAUAAAAGACCUUCGCAAUUCAGACACUUUGCCAGUUGGUUGACAUCUCCCCGUGUGAGGAGACCAAAGAAGGUGGCGAGUCUGUCUGCACCGUGUCCAGUGGGAGCUUUGCUUGAAGCUUUAAUGACCAAUGCAUCAGGGUCCAUUUCUCUGCAGUUAUUUGACUGCAGGAACAAAUAUGCAAGCGGUUAGCUGAGUGGUGGUAAAAAACUGGAACAAGGCGAACAGGGAUUUAAGUGGACAAUAAGAGAGCAAUCCUUCCAUAAAACCUGAUUUCUCAUGAAAAGAGGAUCUAGUGGAUAGCCGUUAUUCAAUUGACACAUGUAAAAGUCAGCAGAGUUAUUUUGAAAUAUGACAUUGCAACUGUGACGUAAUUUCCUCUUCCUGCUCCAGGUCAAUUUGAGUGCAGUCUUUCUGUGGCUUUACCCUCUUUGGUUGUACCACUAUUUGAAGAUUGGGAAUUUUACUUCCAUGUGUUUGGUGGUCCAGUCUGCUCAAGUGUUAUGUAAGUUAAUAAGAGGGAAUUGUUAUUGGGAGUAAAUGGGACACAGUACCUUGUCUGUCUAUGGAUCUACAGGUUACACAGGGAAUAAUAUGCGAGUGAGGUAAUCUCAGCACUUUUACGAAUCCAAUUCAGUCAAGAACAUUUUCUUUGGUCAUUUACCAUUUAAGCAGGGUUUUUACUAAUAAAAUAUAUAUAUAUAUAUAUAUAUAUAUAUAUAUAUAUAUAUAUAUAUAUAUAUAUAUAUAAUAAAUAAAUCUCAAGAAAGCUUUACAGUUUGUGCAAACUUUUAAAAGCCAUCUGACGCUCACUAGGAGUAACUUCUGCCUUUGACCAAUCAAACUGUGAAUUAUAAAGAAUUUAUGCGGGGAAAGUGCAAUAUUUUAGUAAGCGCACAGUUUUUAACCUGACCAAAAAAUAAUUUCUAAAUAUUCUGCAUGGUUUCUUUUGAUCUUCUGUGAAGUAUUUUUCUCAUCUCAAACAUCUUUGAAGCUUAGAAUAGUAUCAAGAAGCAAAUGUGACCAUCAAGCCAUGCAAUCUUCCCGGUGUCAGUUUUUAUACUUUGAUCAAUUCUACGAUCUCAUUUACAAUGUGUUGGUGACCCUGUGUCACCGUUUGCCUUUGCUGCUGUAUCAGCAGGUUAUUAGCUGUUGGUUUGACCAGCAGGGGACACUGUCUCUCAAAUCCAAUGCCAGCAUCUGUGUUGUAGGAGUCUCUCUCUCCACUUAGUUAUUAUAUGCUCUCUGUGUGUGUGUGUGUGUGUGUGUGUGUGUGUGGCACUCUAAAGUGUACUCCUUUCACUUUUUCUGGGAAUUUUCUGUUUGUUUUUGGGAACACAAAAUUUACAAUGUACUAUAUUUAUGGGAAUUUUUCGAUCUAUACUUCACAUGUUGACGCUUUAGGAUUUUUAACAGUUGUUAAAAUGUUGAAUGUGAUACAAUUGAGAUGAAAUAUAUUGAGUUCUCAAAGAUACAAAAAAAUAGUAUGUAUGUUCUACUUUUGACAUGCUCUGAUGUUUGAAAUUUUCUGAUCAGAAUUUUCCACCAUUGUUUUACGAGCAAAAAGCAAUAAAGUCAUCUUGUUUUUCA